ACCGGCAGUUUCAGUCGAGUCACCCGACGGGAAUGUAGUCAGUCAGUGUUGUGAGUGCAGUUCGUUUCGGCUUCUAUGAAGUGUUGUGUUAUCAUCCAUCAGUCAUCGCACAUCUGUUUUGGGGCAACUGAAUGCCGUCGUCGCGACUUUGCUGAUCGUUCUGGAUGUUGUGCAAUGAUGCGAAGAAUCAACGAAUAUGAUUAUUGAAAUUUUGCUCUUGAAAUCGAAAACAGCCAACGCGGACAUUUUUACAGGCGAUGCGGCUGGAAUCGAUCUGCAGCAGCGAGUGUACCGAGAAAUUGGCAUAAUGCGGUAGAAGUUCAGUCGAUGACGACGUCAUCGUUGGCGCCGGGUCGAUAUUUCGAAGGAGCAUUCGGGAUUCGUUCGAUGUUGGAAUAAGACGAUUUCAAAAAGUGCCUUUGAAUGUGAAAUGUAAUUGUGCCAAAGGUGAAUAAUUGAAGAACAUCGUGAGCAAGAUGUCUAGCGAUGAUGGUGGCGUAACACGCCCUGGUGCGUGUCACCGUUCCAGACAGUGCAGUGUGAAACGAAGAGAAGCACUAAUUUCGCAACGUUGUCCUCUAUAGGUUGAUUAGGAAUUGACUUUUGUUCUGAACACGAACAGUUCGCAAUCAUGCGCUUUCUAGAAUGUACGCAAAUUUGCUUCAAAAUCAUCACAAAAAGCGACCACCGUUGACCGCGCGUGAUGUGAUCUACGUUGGAUUGGACAAAGUUAAAGCAUGAACAACAGAACACACAAUUCCAUUUCGAUAUGUGAUACUAGUUCUAAGUGUAAGAGAAACUUCCUCAGUACCAUAACCGCUGUGCGACUGGAAACCAAUGUACAUGAUCAACGUUUAUUUGGUGUUGUUUUUCUACGUCGAGUGGUGUUUGUAUAAAAAAUUGUUGAACCUGUUGCUCGACCGGGCUAGAAAGAUGAAGAAACUCACCGUUCUGUUAACCUUCUGUUGGGUUCUGCUCGUAUCACAGAUACUGGCUAUUUCCAGUUUGUACAAUGAAGGAUUGCAGGACAUUCCCGGUACGCCAUCGGUGAUUUCAUUGGUAGAUCAUCAAUCCAACGAGCUCAAUAUCGAGUCUAAGUUGGAGGAAAACAUUGAAGCAACACUAAAAAAUAUUAGUCUUCAACUGCUCGACCCAAUCGAUGAGCCUGAAGAGUUGCAGGCGCCCAUCGAAGUGCAGCCACCGCAUGAAGCAGAUAUCCUAGAGGAUGCGCCGACGAAGGUGGCCCCGGAGCAGGCCGCUCUUUUGGAAGAAAAAAUACAAGAUACUGGCGGAGGUGACCACGACAAAGGAGAACAACCGGAAAUAGAUCAACAGGUAAUUCCGAAUGCAACGAUCAACUCCCAGCAUGCAAACGCGGAGGAGAAUCAAAUGCCCGUGUUUUCCGAGUGGGCCCAGAAACAGAUGGCCGAAGCGGAAAAGAAACAAGGGGAGAAUGUGAAUGCCUCUGCGAUGAAGCGCAACUCAAAGCCCUCUGGCAACAAGAUGCCGCCUUUAAAGCUACGAGCGAAGAAUUAUGCCGCUCCAGAUUGUGGCGCAAAAAUAAUCGCUUCCAAUCCUGAAGCGCAAAGUACCGGAUCGGUACUUACGUCCCACAAGGACGAAUAUCUGUUAAAUCCUUGCACUAGUAAAAUUUGGUUUGUGGUUGAACUCUGCGAACCUAUUCAGGCGGAACGAGUCGAGCUGGCUAAUUUUGAACUGUUUUCAUCGUCUCCGAAAGAGUUCUCAGUGUCCGUGAGCAAUCGGUUUCCAACCAGAGACUGGUCGAACGUUGGUCAAUUCACGGCGAAAGACGAACGAGAUGUUCAAAGUUUCAAACUCCAUCCCCAUCUGUUUGGAAAGUUUGUUCGAGUGGAAAUCCAUUCUCAUUACAACUCUGAACACUACUGUCCAGUUUCUUUGUUUCGCGUCUAUGGAACUUCUGAAUUCGAAGCAUUUGAAACCGAUAAUACACCUCCCAUGGGCGAAGAUGAUGAUAAUGAGCUAACCAUAGAAGGCUUGAGUUCGACAGAAGAAAAUCUGAGAAGCGAGGAAAUUUUUGAAGGUGGAGAUGCAUCGAAGAACAAAAAAGCCAACAUUCUCAAGACCGCUGGGGAAGCCGUCAUGAGUAUCGUUAAGAAGGCAGCCGAAGCCUUAGGAAAAACGCAAGAAAAUGAUAACUUGCCUAAUGAUACCGAUUCAGUUAAUCUAAAUGUUGGUGAUAUCCAACUGGGUAGUAUCAAUGUCGUUGCGCCUCAGCACCCACUUUACUGCUUUUCGCUGGCUUUCCAGCCGCUGUGUGUUAGUUGUCCACCAGAGCUUCAUAAUCGACUGGAGCGGACACUGAAUUGCAAACACAAUCUAUUAACUAGUCUACUAAGUAUCAAACCAAUCAGUGCGUCGUUCGACGAAUCUCAGCAUUUGCUAUGUGCCAAUUUUCUAGGAUUUAAUCUGCUGAAUGAACGGGUGAGUGCGAGUUAUAAUAUUGAGCGAAGUGUGCUGAGCUGGUUGCCAGCGGAUGUGUUGGUCAGUUUCUGCAAUAUGCGAGCUUACGACAAAAGAAUGAUAGACCCUCGUGUAAAUCCCAAAGAAACAAAAGACAACAAGCCUGAAAAGCAAACCGCAACUGAACCAACCACUCAGGUCACCAAAGAUGAGCUUGAAAUUGAGACGGAUGACCAUCCGAUUCUUACCGUUAUUCCAUCUGUGACGGCACCAGUCAUAGAAGAUCUGAGCGUUCAACCAUUAGACCUAGAACAACCGCAACCUGUUCCUGGCGAUGAUGUUAAUAUGUUCAACGUAGCUGUGAACGUUCCGCAAGACAGCGAUCCCAUCUUUGAAAAGAAGCCAGACGAACAAACAACGUCGUCUGCAACCACAACCGCAACUACAGCUGAACCUACCCCUGAAAGAGACGACUCUGGCUUGUUGGAUCAGCAGUCUAGUGGUGCCAGUAUGGAGGAUCUUGAUAGCUUGCUGCUGGAUCAACACAUGGAUAGCACUGGCAUUGGGUCGGGUAGUAUGCCAACCACUAGCACGACCACACCUACACCAGGCGUUCCUUCUUCACAGAAGGGCCAACCGGAAAGUGUGUUCCUGCGCCUUUCAAAUCGUAUUAAGGCUCUGGAACGUAACAUGAGUUUAUCCGGACAAUACCUGGAAGAGCUGAGUCGUCGCUAUCGGAAGCAGGUGGAAGAGCUGCAAAAUUCCUAUGCGAAGACCUUGCACGAAGUCGAGGAGCAGAAUCGUCGAAUGCGUGAUAGUGAAGCGUUGCUACGCGAAGAAAAUGAACGCCUUCGAGAAGAUUUUUUCACAUUUCGCGACAGUUUGUUCAGUUGGCAAAACAUUGUCAUAGCUGUAGGAGGUUUCUUUGCUAUUCAGAUUAUAGUCGGCUAUACAAUAAUUCGAAGCUGUACGAGUAGAGGCAGGCAUGCUGAUCGAGAGGCAAUCGCUAGAGAGCUGGAGCAGAUGGGUGACCAAAAGCAACCGUUGAAGGGAAAGUUGCUGAGAAGAAGGUCGGUUGAUGGCGUGAUUGGGGCUGCCGGUGGGAAGUCAGAUGGUGUGUUGAAAAAGAAACGACCGAGUGAAGAAGCGCUGAAUAUUAGUGGAACGUAUGAGAAUCUGUUGAUAGUUGAAGACGGUGGAGGAGAUAAUGCUAAGGUCGAACGUAAGAAGAAGAACAAACAGAGAAAAGUUUCCGCUCCGGCUAUGGGUCAACAAAAUCAUGGAAAAGAUAAAGCGAAAAGAGCUUCUUCGGUGGAACCAUUUCCCGUUGGUAAAACCUCAAAGGUCGAGUUAGUUCGGACAGAAUCCGCUCCGGAGCCCAGAAGACAUUCUCCUGAAAAACUUAAAACGGAGGAGAACAAUCGUAUAGAGGAAAUUCCUCUAUUGGAAGAUAAUGAUGAGUUCAUCAUUCCUACUGCGAUGGACUUAUCCUAUAAUGAGUUUGUUCCGGAUUCGACGUCGGAGGCCCUUCAUCAUACCAAUGGGAUGAUCUCAUCCUCCUCUUCAAUCGAUUCGAAAUCAACGAACAAGUCUGGAAAAAGUCGACGGUUAUCGUCGCCUGCAUUUUUUAAAUCGUCUCUUCUGCGGUCGAGUCGUAAAUCCUCCGGGAAGAAAUCCACACCCAGCCAAAAUGUAAGCAGUGCCAGUAGCAAUACCAGUAGUUCCGGUAGUAGCAACGUUAGAAUCAAUAUCAAUGUAGCUCAAACAGAAGAUGAGUUGUCCUCGCUUCCCGCAAAGGACGACAGCAAUUCCACCACCAGUAGCACUCAGCAUUCAUGGGAGUGGUACAAACUUAGAAAGUCCUCUAGUCAAGACAAAUUCUCCAAACGCAAAUCGAAAUCCGAGAGCCCGGAGGUGGAAACGAACCGUCACAAUGGGUCAUUGAAUGGCUCGGACGAUCGACGGUUACGCACCUCGAUUUCCUUCAACGGGAGCACCAGCUCGAGCGAGAAGAGAAUCGGUGGAUCCGGCGGCGGGAGUUUCCGGCGCUUGUUCCGAAAGGUAUUCUAGUUCUGGCACUGCGGUCGUGACAAAGACGAAUAAGUGUUCAUGGGGUGUUCAAAGAGGGAGCACAGUGUGGGAAGGCAACAAAUAGGCCGGUGGGGAAGGAGAUCCUCUCCUUAAACGUAAAUAGACUGAUUGUACUAAGCGAAGGCGAAACACACACAUAAUAUAUGAGCUUUAAAAGCAUGAGUGGAUGAGGAAUAUUGGGUGAGUGUGACAGAAGCAAGAUGCCGGGCGCGUACGGAGCGAUACUACACACAACACUACAAUACACUGCUCUGUUUAGUAGAUAAUAAUUGUUCGUUUUUAAUGUGGAAUUAAGUGUAUAGCAGGGCAUGCAUUAUAUAUUGGAAUAUAGCUAUAUCUAAAUUUGUUUUGAAUUGUAAA